UUUGACAUAAAUGCCACGGACCCAAACGUAGGAUUCAAUGUAAUUUUAACAUUCAUUGGCGUCCACCUCUCCAGAAACUUCCUUCUAUUUGUUUUCUUUUUGUUGCUUUUCUGUUCUUUUGUGUGGGUGUAUUUCUCCAUUUUGAAUAUUUUUUUGCAUUGUGAGAACUAACGAUAUCAAAGAGACUGGUCUACCUCAUUUCUUCUUAUGAUGUCAUACUCCAGAAGGUCAAGGUAUUCUCGCUCUCCUUCUCCAUACAACCGAUGCAGGAGGUCUGUGUCGAGGUCUUUGUCUGUGUCAAGGUCGAGAUCAAGGGACAGGGACAGGUCAAGGAGCUCCUCAAGGGAUGUGGAAAAUCCUGGUAACAAUUUGUACGUGACUGGUCUGUCACCUCGGAUCACCAAGAGGGAUCUUGAGAAGCAUUUUGCUAGUAAGGGAACGGUGAUUGAUGUUCAUCUGGUGGUUGAUCCAUGGACUAGAGAAUCUCGUGGAUUUGGUUUUGUAACAAUGUCCACUAUUGAUGAGGCUGAUCGCUGCAUCAAAUAUUUGGACCGUUCUGUUCUUGAAGGCCGUGUGAUUACAGUGGAGAAGGCUAAGAGGCGGAGAGGACGAACUCCUACUCCUGGAAGGUAUCUGGGGCUGAGAACUAUUCGUGUGCGACGCAGGACACCCAGUUAUUCUCCUCGUCGAUCUCCCAGCUACUCUCCAUAUUGGAGGAGCCAUAGUCGGUCACCUUAUUAUUCAUCUGACUGCAGUAGGAGCAGGUCAUAUUCUCCUCGCUACAGUCGCCACCGAUCCUACUCUCCUUAUUACUCUCGGCGCAGGUCAUAUUCACCCCACUAUAGCCGGCGCCGAUCAUACUCCAGAUCUCCUUACAGGAGGUCCCAUGUAAGUAGGUGUGAUCGGUCAUUCUCACCUUAUGAUUCUAGAUAUUACUCACCAGAUGACAGAUACUAUAGAAGAUAUCAUCAUCCUUCUGUCUCCCGGAGUCCUACCCCACCAAGGACGAGGAGAGGCUCAAGGAGGAGCUACUCAAGCAGCAUUUCCCCUAGACCAAGAAGGAGCUCAAGGAGGAGCUACUCAUGCAGCAUUUCUCCUACAUCAAAAAGAAGUUCAAGGAGUUACUCUCGAAGCCUUUCCCCAAGGGUGAGGAAGAGCUCGAAGAGGAGUUACUCUAGGAGCCUUUCUCCAAAGGUAAAGAAGAACACAAGGAGUCUAUCCUAUGGAGGUUCAUCAAGACGUGAAUAUUCUCGAGAUAGUUACUGCAGGAGCCCAAGUGCAAGUCCCAUUUCCAGAUCUGUCUCUAGAUCUGUUGCCCCUGCGGCUGCUUCUCCAUCAUCUUGGUAGCUCAAUAGGAAGAGUGACCAUGCUCAUUAGAUGUUGUGGUCUUGGCUUAACAAACAGUUUAUGUUUGGAGAUGUUUUUCAUUUUCGUUAAGUUAUGCUUGCUAGCUGCUACUUCAAUAGUUAGUGUGCUCUGUUUUGAUGUGAAUGAUUGUUGAUGUUUUUGAAGCAUUAAAGAGACCUUAUGAAGCGAGGGUUUGUGCA